ACUAGUAUUUUUUUAGGAGCAGUAUCAGAGUGGCUGUGCAAACAGCUUUUACGUCGUCCAAUCCAUGGCGGAAGAUCUGCCUCAUCACUUGCCGGAACUUUUAGUCCUCGGUCCGCCCUUGUGCUUCCAGAUAUGCGAUAAGGACUUCUCUUCCAGGUUCCGGAUUCUACGCUCCUGGGAAUCUCCGCUGCCGCUCCAUCAAUUUCUCCGCGCCGAGGCGCAGGCGACGCAGGUGGCUCUCUGCUCCGGUUUAUUUUCAUUCUCCGCAGACGUGCUGCGCGAUCUCCCCUCCUUGCGCUUGCUGCUUACCUCAAGCGCAGGCGUCAACAACGUAGACCUCGUCGAGUGCAGCCGUCGAGGCGUGGAAGUCGCCAACGCUGCCGGAAUAUAUUCCGCCGAUGUCGCUGACUUUGCCGUUGGGCUCCUCCUCGACGUCCUGCGGAAAAUCAGCGCCGGAAAUCGAUUCGUGAAAAAUGGACUCUGGUCUAAACAAGGAGCCUAUCCUCUUGGCUCGAAGUUAGGAGGCAAACGGGUUGGAAUUGUGGGAUUGGGAAGCAUUGGCAAUGAGAUAGCAAAGAGGCUCAAACCAUUUGGAUGUUCGAUUUCGUACUCCUCAAGAAACAAGAAAUUGUCCGUGCCGUAUGUAUUCUAUUCAGAUGUGUGUAAACUAGCUGCUGCAUCUGACAUACUUAUAAUCUGCUGCGCAUUAACUGAGGAAACUCAUCAUUUGAUCAACCGGGAGGUUAUGUUAUCACUGGGAAAGGGAGGUAUAAUUAUCAACAUUGCACGUGGUGCUGUGGUAGAUGAAAAGGAAUUAGUGAAUUGUUUGAAGAGAGGAGACAUUUCUGGUGCUGGUUUGGAUGUGUUUGAAAACGAACCUCUUGUUCCGGAAGAGCUUUGUGAACUUGACAAUGUUGUGUUGACGCCACACUGUGCUGUCUUCACAAAGGAAUCUCCCAGAGAAGUUUUUGAACUUGUAUGUAAGAAUAUAGAGGCUUUCUACUCGCAUAGACCUCUGCUGUCUUCUGUUUUUGCAGACUAGACUAGAGCAAUUGGCUCUGUUUAUGGUGUGUAUUGAUGCAUUUUCCACUUUGCUCUUGAAUAAAUAUUUAUUUUGCUUGCUUCAGAUAACUUCAUUUGCUUGGUCA